AAAUAUAAUCAAAGUUUAAAUUGUCCUUCUGGCUCCCAUUUUAGCUCUUAAGCCUUUUAAGAUGUUUUCAUAUAUGGCUUUUGCUGGCUUUGUUUGGUUCAUAAAUCACAGGGUUUGGUUCUAAAAUAAAUCUUUUUCCACUUCCAGGAGCUGAAUUAGUCAUUGAGGAUCCAUUAGAGCACCCCUUUGUAGCUCCCCGUGCACCCUUCAUUCCCACUCCCUCAACCCACCACCCACUCCUCACCAUUAUUGAGACCACCAAAGAGUCCUUGUCCAAGGCCACUGAGGCGGGGGUACCUUGCUUGUCGGACCGAGGCAGCGAUGAUUGUGAUGAUGAUGGCUUGGUGAUAUCGGGGUAUGGCUCUGGGAAAGCGUUGAAGUCUUACCUGCCCCCACUGAUGAUGAUGAAGAUUUUCACUCGAACUCCUCCUUGUUAAGACCUACAUCACACUUUCAAGGUGACUACAAAGCACAGGCGCCCAGGACUUUUAUACCAAACAAACCUUCCAUCUUCAGAUGCAGUAGGACAACCACCAUACCAGUAACCGCCAACCAGAGCCGCACCACUAGCACCUCUGCCUCCACCACAUCCCUCCACAAUUCUCCGGCAAAACAAAAAACCGCGAGCUAAAAACCCCAGCCCCAACCUAGUGUUGCUUCUAUUGCCACAUCCUGUGAGGUAGACAGCAGCAAGCUGAGGGGCCCAUUAAUAAUUUCCGUCAUGUUCCAUAAUAUACCCACAGCACUCCCCACAGAGCCAGGCGUCAGGCGAGUCCCGGGGCCCUCGGAGGUGGUCCGUGAAUCUAGCAGCACCACCGGGAUGGUCAUCGGAAUAGUGGCGGCCGCAGCGCUGUGCAUCCUUAUCCUCCUGUACGCCAUGUAUAAGUACAGGAACAGGGAUGAAGGCUCCUACCAGGUGGACGAGAGCCGGCACUACAUAACCAACUCGGCUGUGCAGAGCAAUGGCGCUGUCAUGAAGGACAAACAGCAGAGCCUGAAAGGCAGCAACAAGAGACAGAAAAACAAGGAUAAGGAGUAUUAUGUGUGACUGAGACUUUGGUCAACACGACAGAACAAAGAGAGAAGGCACUGAGAGAACUUUUAUUACCAGUUUCCCUGUGAGGAGCUUUGACAAAUGAUGGUAUAACAUGGGACUUGAAUAAUUCUAUACUGUGCUGAAUAGUUGAACUGAUAUGUACUGUAACAUAAAGCACACUUACUAUUAAGCAAAAGGCUUAAUGGCAAGGUUAAAUAGCAACUUUAGAAACCUUACACUUCUAUCUGGUCAGAGACAUUGUCGGUAUACAAAUAUUUCACAGCAUCAUUCUCCUAAGUGACUUUUAGAGCUACGUGAUCCUUGGCAUUAAACAAUUUUUGUGAAAUUGUUAAUUACAAAAGGCUCAUUAUCUUAAACGUUUCCAGCAUGUAAGCAACAAGUAGUGCUUAACGAGAGGGGGUCAGGCACACAAAGGACUCUUGUAAUCAAAAUAUUACAGAUUUUUAUGGUUUAUACAUAAUAUAAGUGUGGUGUCUUACUUAUUUUUGCUUAAAGCAAAAGAAAAAAAAAAGAUUCAAAGAGAACAGUAAGAAAAGAAAACUAUUUUAUGUGUAUAAUAUGAAUCCAAGUGAGCCAAUUGCCAAGGGCAGACCUCAUACCAUCUGUUUGCUCUGGCAUCUAAUUCACCACAAUUAUUCUCAUUGUCUGACAGACACAGUGACUCUCUUUGUGGGAAGAAUUUGUCGGUUCUCUUGGUAAGAAGCGCCUGAUUGUAAAAUGCAUGCCAUCCUGAUUCCACAGUAAGGUGCAGUACAGUAAAAGUCCAGUAAAGAGUGUUCAGCUUGGAUAACACAAAGGCAGUUCUUCAUCUAGGAUCAGGACUCCCCCCGCCACCUCUUCUCGAAACCCCUCAAACAGAUCUCUUCUUGCUGCACAGUCUGUGGUGGUUUUAUCUAUCUGCACAAGUGUGUGUUGGUUCAUUGCCUAUCAUUCUCUUUUUCUAUGGAGGUGUCAGGAUGAACACAGAUGCAGUACUACUACACUGUUAACCAAUGUGUAUACAGAAAUAAACCAGAUGUUGAAAGUGUGAAUUCUAUCUGCUGUCACAGUCAACUGUGUCAAAAAAACAAAAACAAAAAAGAGAAAUUUGUUUACAUAUUUUAUUACAUGCUAUCUGUUGUACUUUGUAGGUAGUAAAUUGUACAUAUACCAUGACAGUUGUAAUUUUUAGUACCUCUAUUGUACAGACUGAAGAUAUGAUUUAUCAACAGAUUUCAUUACAAAAAUCUAUCUGUUAAUUUACAUGGAGAAAGACUUUAACCAGACUGUGGAGAAUCAUAUUGAUAUUCAUGAAGAAUAAAAAAAAUGUAUUGUUAGCCUAGAAAUCUACACAGAGAUGUUUCUAAAGUUGCAUGAAUAUUUAACUACUUGCAGUUGUCCAACAAAUACAAGGUGCCCUUUCUUCUCAACCAUGGCGUUCUUGUCCUGGGGUACAUUGAUUUCUGUUUUGCUUUGUUUGUACUUUUUUAUAGAGAGAAAGAAAGAGCAUACGCUCCGAUUCGUGGUGAAGACAGUAAAGCUCAAAUAAAAAGCUAUAAAGGGGGGGUUCACUGUUGAAAAGGACAUCAUUUCUUCUUUGUCAUUAGUUGACAUCUUGAAAAACUUUACCACUCAUUUAUGUUUGCAUUUUCUGACAUUGCUAUUAAAGAAGUGGAUACUUUUUUCUUAGAAAUCAUA